AUGGGACCUUCGUCCGGUCCCACCAUGCUGGUUCCAGCCAGUGGACCUUCAUCCCAGCCUUCGCAACCCUUCCCCGCAUCAGAUCCAAGCGCCAUCUGUGCUAUCGGUGCGCCACCGCCGACGAAGAAAUUCCACCGUAGCAAGGCGCAGGAGCAAUCGGCUGGAAUCCCACGGCCGCCCAAUGCCUGGAUUUUGUAUCGAUCCGACAAGCUCAGAGCUGCGUCUGAGCCAUCGAACGACCAGCCUUUUCGCCUCUCUCCACUCGCAACGGGCUCUGACACUGCGGGUCAAGAUUCGGAGAGCGAAGGUGCGGAAGCUUCUGGAAGUGCUGCUGCUCCCGGCAAAUCUGCGAGUGGCGGCGCGCACAAGAAUCCCAGGCAGGGCGACCUGAGCAAACGUCUGGCGUCUUCCUGGCAGAAUGAGAAGCCGCAGGUGCGUCAGUACUACUAUCAGCUGGCUGAGCAGCGCAAAGAGGAGCACAGACGGAUGUUCCCAGACUACAAGUUCGCACCUCGCGUCACUGCCAAGCUGCAAAAGUCGAGAGACGACAGGGCAGCGGCUGCGCUGGCUAACAAGAAGACACGAGACGUCUAUGCGCUGCCUGCGUAUGGACUUCAUGGAUCUUCCUCUGGCAUCCCAGACGCGUGGGCGGACGCGGCGCUCGCUGAUCAGCGGAGGUCCUCAGCGUCUUCCAUGUACACGCCUGGCGUCGGAUACCUGCCUUUUCAGGCUGAUCCAUUGAGCCUGCACCAUCCCUGGCCGCAGCAAUAUCCCUACGCUGUCCCACCUCCACCUCAGAGUGCCGGAGCCUCCAUCGAGCGGGCCAGCACGCAGCAAGGAGGCAGACCAGCACGCCCUCGAGUAGCCGUCCGCUCGGGCUCUGGAGACCGCCCCGCCCCGUACCAGACGCAGUCGCCAAGCUCGCCGAGGCAUUCCAUCUCGGCGCAUCCCAGCGCCGAUUCGAGGGGCUCGCGCGGCCUCGCCAAACGGCCGCCAGUCUCACGUCAGGGAUCUAGCCUUAGGAGAUCGGGAAGCGGUCCUUCGCACGAGCCCAAAUCGAGAGGGAGCUUUCAGCAGCAGGUCGAAGCUGCCGAUGCGCAGCAAUCUGCCCUAGCAGCGCGACGUCGUGCCUCGACGCUGUCCAGCAAUGCGUCCAACCCUCCGGCGCACCCGACCGACGCUUCCCACAAUCAAACAUGGUCAGCUAGCUCCGCGGACCGCUUUCCUACGGCGGCUCUUGUAGGCCCGCGCCAAAUGCCACUCCAAAGCCUGGCUGGCAGUUCGCCUAUCGAGCCUUUUAGCGCUCUGGCCUUCGAUCCUAGCCUCGCCAACAUGCCUGACACCGGUUCAAACGGAGUCGACGCUCAGCAAUUCGACAUCUACGGAGGUGUUGGUGCAGCGCUCGCUUCCACAUCCGACUUUGAUGCUUUCCCGCCCGAAAUGAUCGGCGACGUAGGUGCUGAUGAGCGUGAGAUGGUCGCUCGACUUCUUGGUGACAGCUACCUGUCAGCUUUGAGCGCUGCUCCGUCCCAAGACGGUCUGCAGCCCGCCUCGACGAGCGGUGACGCAUACGAGCAUCUACCGAAUGCACUGCCUGCCUCGGCUGACAGCACCACUUCUGCCUUCAGCAUUUCGUCAGUUCCAGCUGCAUCGUCUUUCAUGAGCAGAUCUUCGGCAUCUAGGAUGCACUCGACAGCUUCAUCAGGGCAAUCAGAGCCAGUGUUUCUCAGCUCUGCGAAGCAGCCAGCUCAGUCGUUUGCAACGCACAGCGAGCCGCACGCCGCACCUCUUCCGUCAUCAGGCAAGGGCUGGGUAGACGAAAUGGCAAAUCAGCUUGUACAUCAGUGGAGUCAAGAUUCGGAAGAAGUCAAGUUUGACGAUCCUUUCAUGGACUCGGGCGCAGACCGGCAGACCUCCCAUGCUGGCCCUGCUUCUUUCCCUUUUCAGCAACCACUCGAGCCAUUCGGGCUCUCGAGUGGGGUCACAGAGGCGAGCGGGGGAUGGCCCAGAGACGGGCAUGUCCAUCCUGAUCCCUUCCGCCCCCCCGUUCUUCUACAGCAAGCGCGACCGCCUCCGAAACAAGGGACGGAAUCUGCGGAUGCGCAUUUGCACGGUUCAGCGCCACGCAUUCGAAAUGUCUUUGUCCCCACGAGCGUUGCGCAGAGACAGGAAGCUCAAGCUCGCCAGCGCGAUACAGGCAUUGCUUCUCACACACCAAGCGCUUCGGACGUGAACGAUUCGAAGGAUGCGUCGGAUUCCCCAGCCGCAUCGACUCGCUUCGCCCCACCUGCGCAGUUGACGUCGUAUCCCAAGCCGCCCUCGCAGAGGAAUGGCAACGAUCAACGAGCUGGAGGGCCAGCCUUGCGCGAUGGCAUUUCCACCGGUUCUAUGUUCCAACCCGAAGGUAAUGUAUCAGCAGAUACCUCGAGGUCGUUCUCGUCGGUCAUCUCGUGGUCGAAGGCGAGGGGCGGUGGUGCCGGAGCGUCGUCUGACGACUCGGGCGUCAAGGUGGAGUCCGAGCCUUAUGCUGAACGCUUGGCACAUCGCCCGACAAGCAGCACGGACGCCUCGGCGUCCUCUAGCGGAGCGCUCAACCACAACGCUGCGGCGAUCGAUGCGACAUUGGGCGCUUCGGAAUUGCACAACAAUGGUCAGCUCGACUGGGAAGCCUUCUUUGCAGACGAUGAAAUAUCCUUUUUGCAACAGCAACAUCAACAACAUCCGCAAUCGUAG